AUGCAGUUUGGAUGUUUGAUUGAGACAAGAGUGAAGGAAAAGAGGGCAGGGAAGAUUAUUUCAGAAGUUUUUCAAGGUUGGGACAAUAUAUCAAAUUACGAGCACCACAGAUUGGGAAGAUUAUGGGUUGUUUGGGGGCCAAUGGUGAGAUUGACUCCAGUGUAUAAAAGUAAUCAGCUCAUCACGUGCUCUGUGUUAAUGAAGGGGAAGGGAGAAGAGUUUUUCUGUAGUUUUGUUUAUGCUUUGAAUGGGGUUGAAGAGAGGAAGAGUAUGUGGGAAGAGUUGAAGGAUCACCAUGAUGCUCCGAUGAUAAAACACAAGAAAUGGAUGAUAAUGGGGGAUUUCAAUGAGAUUUUAGAGGGAGAGGUACAUUCAGAUUAUGAAGAUAUUCCAAGGGUUCCACCGGGUAUGAGGGACUUUCAAGAGGUCGCUAGAUACUGCAGUCUAACGGAUAUGAGUUACCAGGGGUCGAAGUUUACUUGGCGCAACAAGAGGGAAGAUGGACUAAUAUGUAAGAAGUUAGAUCGAGUUCUGGUUAAUGAGGAAUGGCUUCAUACUUCAAAAGCUUAUUGUGUAUUUGAAUCGGGAUGGUGCUCGGAUCAUUUAAGAUGUAGAAUACACUGGGAUGUGGAGGAGAAGAAGAAAAUAAGGCCUUUUAAAUUCACAAAUUCGAUUUCUAAGAUGGAGGAGUUCAUUCCUUUGAUGCGGGAUCAAUGGAGGGGCAGAGAAGCCUUAUAUCACUAUACUUCUGCAAUGUUUAUGCUAACUAAACAACUUAAAGCUUUGAAGCAGCCUCUGAGAAUGUUAAGUAAGAUAAAAAUGGGUGAUUUGUCUAGGAGAAUGAGAGAAGCGUUUGUUGAUCUAUGUGAAAAGCAGAAGUUAACUCUAGAGAGACCAGUACUGGAGACAAUCAAUGAAGAGAUCAAGGCUUAUGAUAAAUGGCAAAGGCUAGCAGGGUUAGAGGAAGAAUUCUUAAAGCAACGAUCGAAGUUACAUUGGUUGGAUGUUGGCGAUGGAAAUAACAAGGAUUUUCACAGUGCUAUAAAGAUAAGAGAAGUGAGAAACAGUAUAAGGGAGAUAGUUCGAGCUGAUGGCACUAUAGCAAAAACGGAUGAUGAUAUAAAGGAGGAGGCAUAUAAGUUUUUUGCUGAGUUUAUGACGGCUCAACCUCAGGAUUUUGAAGGAGUUACAAUGGAGAAGUUAAAGGAGAUAUUGAGAUUUCAAUGCAGUAAUGAGGACUGUGAGAAGUUGGAAAGAGAAGUUUCAAAGGAAAAGGUCAAGAGUGCUUUGUUUAAAAUGCCAGGAGAUAAAUUCCCAGGACCAGACGGUUUUACAUCAGAGUUCUUUAAAGAAGCAUGCCCAGUAAUAGGAGAAGAUGUAACAGUGGCAGUCCAAUCCUUUUUCCAGAAGGGGUUCUUACCUAAGGGAGUGAAUUCCACUAUUCUGGCGCUAAUACCAAAAAAGAGGAGGCAAAGGUAA